GGCGGCGGGAUCAGCCGAGCGGCCGUAGGAAGGUGACGCAAUGUGCUGGCAGCCGAGAUCCCACAUUCCCGCAGCAAACAUGGCGGCCGGGGGUUGCGUCUGACGUCAGCGGAGGAUGCGGGAAGUUUAAACCUGCGGAAGGGGCUGGAGCCGAGCCAGAUACCCCCGGCCCUUCCUGUUGCCCUAGAGGGGCAGUUCGAAUGGCGCAUUUCCCAGGGAUGGGACUGAUCUGAUCCACAGGGAACGUUCCCGGCUUCUCCCCAUUCUACAGUCCCACAAACUGGUGCAAUAAGGGGGCCAUGUGCCUAAUCUGCCCCUAUUGUACCCCCAGUCCCAAGCGGAGCCAGGACACGAGGGAGCGGCUCUGUAGUGCACCAUGGUACUGAUACGGAGCCGGCCGGUAGAUGCCCCGGGCCAGUAAGGAUCCCUAGGGGUAGUUAUUGGGUUCCAAUGAGCCCCGGUGCCCACGUGCCCCCCCCGUGACACAAUGCAGCAGGCUAAGAAGCAGCCCCCUUUGGGGGGGUUACCAGCUUCAGGCUCCAGUCUGUCAAAAAUUCUGUUUGGGGGUUUGACGAAUAAAGAAAAUGCCGGUAACCGUAAAGGGACCCCUACAGUCAGAGGUGUUUUGGGGCCCCACAACAGCCGCAAACGCAACCGGCCAACGUCUUCCAGUCCGGGCAGCGAAAGCUCUACAAGUCCAUCUUCUCCCAAACGGGCGACUGUGGGAAGGCAGAACCGGCCCCGACCCCACACCUCUAGGGCCUCACAGAGACGCCGGCGCUCGGAGUCGGGCAGUGACACCCUACAGAAUGGCAGUGUGGCCCCCAGUGCCCACCGAGACUUCAUCCUGUUUAGCCCCACCCAUCAGGCAUCCAUCUUGGGGAAACAGAAGGGCCAAGAGCCCCAGAGGUCACGAGCCAAUCUCUCUGUAUCGGUGCUCACCCCUCCUGCUGGGCUGGAGCGCUCUCUGAUAGACAGCAGCCGUCUCAAUGAGAGCGUCUGUGGCAGCGGCCAGGGCCCCCACAUGGCUGUCCCCGAUGCCCUUGCAGACAAACUGAUGCUGGCCAGCUGGGGGCUCCCCAAAACUGUCCUGGAGAAAUAUGGCAGCCUGGGGGUCUCGCAGAUGUUCGAGUGGCAGGCGGAGUGUCUCAUGUUGGGGCAAGUGCUGGAGGGCAAGAACCUGGUGUAUUCUGCCCCCACGAGCGCAGGGAAGACCCUGGUGGCCGAGCUGCUGAUACUGAAGCGAGUGUUGGAGACUCGGAGGAAAGCUCUGUUCAUCCUUCCGUUUGUGUCGGUGGCCAAAGAAAAGACCUUUUAUUUACAGAACCUUUUCCAGGAGGUGGGAGUGAAAGUGGACGGGUACAUGGGAAGCUCCUCCCCCGCCGGGGGCUUCUGCUCUCUGGAUGUGGCCGUUUGUACCAUAGAGAAAGCCAAUGGCCUGGUCAACCGGCUGAUUGAGGAAAAUAAGAUCGAUUUAUUAGGGAUGAUGGUAGUGGACGAGCUGCACAUGUUGGGGGAUUCCCAUCGCGGGUACCUGCUGGAACUGCUACUCACUAAGGUCCGAUAUGUGACCCAGAAGGGCGCCGUGGGGAAGGCAGAGGGGGCGGGGCCAGCGAAUGACGUGCAGAUUGUGGGCAUGAGUGCCACCCUGCCCAACCUUGGUCUCCUGGCCGCCUGGCUUGAUGCCGAGCUCUACCAUACGGACUUCCGGCCCGUGCCCCUCCUGGAGAGGGUGAAGAUUGGCAGAACCGUAUACGACUCCAACAUGGUCGCUGUGCGAGAGUUUGAGCCAUUGUUACCGGUGAAGGGAGACGACGAUCACAUUGUCAGUCUGAGUUACGAGACCGUGCGGGGGGGCCACUCCAUCCUGAUCUUCUGUCCGUCCAAAAACUGGUGCGAGAAGCUGGCCGACACCAUCGCCCGGGAGUUCUACAACUUGUUCCACAGAGCUCAGCAACGGGGGGACGCCGGUGGGAGCGACUCGUUUGUACCGCCGGUGGCGCUGGACAGAGAUGGGAUUCGGGAUGUGAUGGACCAGCUGAAACGCUCCCCGGCCGGGCUGGACGCGGUUCUGGGCCGCACGGUACCGUGGGGCGUGGCUUUUCAUCACGCUGGGCUGACCUUCGAUGAGCGGGAUAUCGUCGAAGGCGCUUUCCGCCAGGGAUUCGUCCGCGUCUUGGCCGCCACCUCCACCCUCUCGUCCGGCGUCAACCUUCCCGCGCGGAGGGUCAUCAUCAGGUCCCCACUUUUCAACGGGAGACUUCUGGACAUUCUGACCUACAAGCAGAUGGCUGGCAGAGCGGGAAGGAAGGGCGUCGACACAGAAGGGGAAAGUAUCCUCGUGUGCAAAAACCCAGAGAGGGCAAAGGGCAUCUCCCUGCUGCAGGGGUCGCUGAAACCCGUCCAGAGCUGCCUGCUGAGGAAGGAGGGGGCCGGCGUGACUGGCAGCAUGAUCCGCGCCAUACUGGAGAUCAUAGUGGGCGGAGUGGCGGACACCCCAGAGGAUGUUCGGAUCUACGCCUCUUGCACCCUCCUGGCAGCCAGCAUGAAGCAAGGGGGAGGGGACCAGGAGGAGGAGCAUGGAGGAGGCGCUAUUGAGGCCUGCGUUGAUUGGCUGCUGAGGAAUGAAUUCAUACAGAUCUUGGAGGAAGAUCGGGGAGGGACAAAAGCGGAGGUUUAUCGUCCAACCAAACUUGGCGCCGCGACUCUCUCCUCCUCUCUUUCCCCGUCGGAGGCGCUGGGGAUAUUCGCCGACCUGCAGAGGGCGAUGAAGGGCUUCGUUCUGGAAAAUGACCUGCACAUCCUUUAUCUGGUCACCCCUGUGUAUGAGGAAUGGACCACAAUAGACUGGUACCAGUUCUUCUGCCUCUGGGAGAAGCUGCCCACCUCCAUGAAGCGAGUGGCAGAACUGGUGGGCAUAGAGGAAGGCUUCCUGGCGCGAUCUGUCAACGGCAAAAUAGUCGCCAAGAAUGACCGGCAGCACCGCCAGAUUGCCAUACACAGGAGGUUUUUCACCAGCCUGGUGCUUCUGGAUUUAAUCAGUGAGGUUUCAUUAAAGGAGCUGACAAAGAAAUAUGGCUGCAGCCGCGGGCAGCUCCAGUCCCUCCAGCAGUCGGCAGCCACGUAUGCAGGUAUGGUGACGGUGUUUAGCAACCGCCUGGGCUGGCACAACAUGGAGCUGCUGCUGUCCCAGUUCCAGAGCCGCCUCACCUUCGGGGUUCAGAGGGAGCUGUGCGACUUGGUGCGCGUGGAUUUGCUGAACGCCCAGAGGGCGCGGGCGCUGUACAACGCGGGGUUGGUCACCGUCGCCGAGCUGGCACGGGCACAUGUCAUCGACGUGGAGACUGCCCUGAAGAACGCCGUGCCCUUUAAGAGUGGGCGCCAGGCGGUGGAUGAGGAGGAAGAGGCCGCUGAGGAGCGCAGGGCGGCCCGGUGCAUUUGGAUCCCCGGCAGGAAGGGACUGACAGAGAGAGAAGCCGCGGAACUGAUUGUGGGAGAGGCCAGGAGACUCCUAAAACACGACUUGGCCUUGAUUGGGAUUGAGUGGAACCCGGAGUCAAGUUUGGAAUCUUCCUCGGACUCUGGCAGAGGUUCUGCUAAUGGUUCUGCCCAUGGCCCGGCACAACUUGCUUUGAUUUCAUCGGGGGAGAGUGCAAGGGUGGUCCCUGACCAGGCAAAUGGGCCACAGGGCCAGCAGAACCAGGCAAAUGGGCCACAGGGGCAGCAGAACCAGGCAAAUGGGCCACAGGGGCAGCAGAACCAGGCAAAUGGGUCACGUGGGGAGCAGAACCAGGCAAAUGGGUCACGUGGGGAGCAGAACCAGGCAAAUGGGCCCCAGGGGCAGCAGAACCAGGAAAAUGGGUCACAGGGGGAGCAGAACCAGGCAAAUGGGCCCCAGGGGCAGCAGAACCAGGAAAAUGGGUCACGGGGGGAGCAGAACCAGGCAAAUGGGUUACAGGGGCAGCAGAACCGGACAAAUGGGUCACGGGGGCAGCAGAACCAAGAAAAUGGGUUACAGGGGCAGCAGAACCGGACAAAUGGGUCACAGGGGCAGCAGAACCAGGCAAAUGAGCCACAUUUAUUUGACUCCAAUAGAAGAGAAGGGCCUGCAGACCCCAAGCUGAGACCUCCCCAUGUAGCAGGAAGGGGCCACAUUCGGCCUCAGAGUGAGGCUCCUACAGGGGCGGAACCUACACUUGCUACAGAACUUCUUUCCCAACCUACUGUUGCCCCAAAAGAACCUCCAGACAAAACAAUGGCGGCCCAUGGAGAUUCUGUGCCAAAGCUACAGACUGGGGCCCCUAAUCCCACCCUAGUUCCCCCUGGGGGGAGUAACAUCUCCGACUGUUUGCCCUCCUCAUGUGUAACGGGCAGGAAGGUGCACCCCCACGAGGGGCAGAUCUCAGAGGUCCCACGUAGGGCAGACUCCGACCCUGAGCAGAAAUGCGACUCCCACAACCAAAGCAGCGAUGAAGUUGAAGAGUUCCCGUCUAUGAUAAUGGCCAUUGGGGAGCAGCCAAUAGUAAGCGGCGCUGUGAACUCGGAGCUCCGUACAGGUGGCACAGAACCUGGAGGUUCCACCUCCCCAGAGAUUGGACUUGUGCAGAAUCAGCCCCCAAAUAAGAUACCAACUGACCCGGUUACAGUCCAAAGUGUCUCCUCCGGGAGUUCUCACCGGGCAAGGGGUGGAACUGCAUCCGCCAUUUCCCUCCUGUUACCCAAUGGGGCUCCUAUGAGGGACCCGGUACCUGCCAGAACCUUAGGGGCACCAAGCGCAAAAACCCACAUUCCCCAAAGCACGGGCUCUGCUGAUUUGUCCGUGGCAUCAAAGACUUUCGAGGACAGUUUCCAGCUGGACACGCAGACUGAGAAGUUAAUUCAGCAGAACACAGGGACUCGGCCCAUUGGGCCCCACGGAAAUGUGGAACAGGAAGCAAAAGUGGAUGGAGACUUGAAGAUGGAAAUAUCUGAACAUGUUGCAAUUGCCCCAACUGGGAAAAACCUCGUAAGUGAGGUAAAAAAUGAAAGCCCAACCGAGAACUUCUGUAGCCAAGAAAGUAUGCUGUUUGGGAGCCAAGAAGUGCCGCCCGUGGUGGUUGCUCCGGAACACAGAGAGAGUUCUCUGACUGAUACCCAGCUGCAGAGCUUCUUCCAAGCCUUUCCUACACAGGCACCCAGAGAACAACCAGGGGUAUCUCUUCAUACCCCACUGCCCCGGGCACAAAGCCCAGUGCCAGUCAGGGAUCACAGGUUUGAAACGAGUCUCAACAUGAGCGACAGUUUCCUAUUCGAUAGUUUUACUGAUGAUCCAGAGGUGGAACCUAAGGAAGAGGAACCCAAGAGGCCUACAGAGGGCGCUGAACCAGUUGCCGGCCCAGAGACAUUAUCAGAACCUCCCAGUGACAAAAAUACCAUAGAGAGCCAGGAACCGAAUCUUGCCCUGAACUGCAAUAGGUCCAUAACGUUCUCACAGCUUGAUUCAUUCCAGAUCGUGGAAGUUCUAGAUAAUGCAGAAGAACCUUCCUCGCCUUGCAGAAACGUUGUCCAAGUCAAUCCCUCAAAUCAACCAGACAGAGGGAACGAGGAGCAGUCGGGGGAUCCGGAGAAGGUAGAAGAGCGGAUAAGUCUGCUGGAAUGGUCUGACACGUCCUUUAACUUGAGUCCGGGCCUGCAGGACGUUUUGGAUCAGUGGCCAAGUCCAUCGGGCAAUGUCACCAGGAGAACCUCCUCUAUGAAAGCUGCCGGCAAGGAAUCGCUGCCUCACCAGGAAAAACUAGUUGCCUCUCAACGUGGCCCUGAAAGUAAUCUGGAACUUCUGGAAAACAACCGGUCGUUUCUAGAUGGCAGCUGUCUGAACUCCACCCCUGUUGCUCUGCCGGGGAACAAGAGGGAUUCGGGUUCUAGGCCGGGCAGCAGAACCGACCUUGUGCCUCCGACGCCCCCUGCAGAGAGUCAGCCAGGGAGACUGGUGGGGGUCUCCUCUAUACUGUCUGCUGCCAAGAGGCCAAGGGGAGAGUCUGUGGGAAGUGCCACGUGGCUGGCGCUGGAAAUGGACGGUGACUGGUCCGACCCACAAGCGGAAGGUUCUGACUUGGGUCCAAGAGCCUUUCCCGGGUCUGAAUGCGCCAGGGACACCUCUGCUAUAGACGAAGGCUUCACCCUGCAGCUCUCUCAGGACGGUGCCACCGCCUUUCCCUGCAGCUCCGGGGGCUUCACCAUCAUCGAUGUGGCCAGCGACCAAAGUCUCUUCCGGACCUUCCUGAGGGAGUGGAGCGGCCAGCGCCGGUUUUCCCUGUGCGUCGCCUGUGAGCGAAGGAAACAGCCGCCAUCGUCUGACGCGGGUAUCGGGGGGCGCUUUAAGCAAGUGAGAGGCCCCCAGCGCCCCAAGGUUCUAGAGGACGGGCUGCCCAUUAAGGGAAUGGAUGAUGUAUUGCUGGUGGGGCUGGCAGUUUGCUGGGGGGGGAAGGAUGCCUAUUACAUCUCCCUGCAGAAGGAACAGGACCAGGCGGAUAUUUGCCCCAGCCUGGCCCCACCCCCUCUGGACCAGACCCUGUCCGUGAAGGACCGACUGUGGCACAUCCAGUCCGCCCUGCAGCAGAUCCGCCCGGGGGGCAGCGAGCCCACCAUCAUCAUGUACGACUGUAUCGAGCAGUACAAGGCCUUGCUCCUGGCGUGCCGAGUCUCCCUCGCCGGGCACUUCCAGGAUCCCAAGGUGGCCUGCUGGUUGUUGGACCCGGGAUCCAAGGAGCGAACUCUCCAUAACAUGGUAACGAACUUCCUGCCCUACGAGCUGCCCCUGUUGGACGGUGUGGGACCGGGGCAAGGGGUGCAGAGCUUGGGGCUCAGUCCCAGCAGUGACCAGACGGGGCGCUACAGAGCUGCCAUCGAAGCAGUUGUAGUCUUCAGCACCAUGAAUGCUCUGGGCGCCCUACUGGAGAAGGAGAAGCUGCAAGACGCCUUCCAUAGGGUGGAGAUGCCCACUCAGUACUGCCUGGCACUGCUGGAGCUGAAUGGCAUGGGGUUCAGCACAGAAGAGUGCGAGACACAGAAACACAUCAUGGAGGCCAAGCUGAACGAGAUCGAGGCUGUGGCGUAUCAGCUGGCCGGGCGAAGCUUCUCUCUGACCAGCCACGAUGACCUUGCCCAGGUUCUGUUCCUAGAACUGAAACUCCCACCCAACGGCGACCCAAAGGCCCAAGGCAAUAAGAAGACGUUGGGUUACACCAGGAGAGCGGCGGCCAGUGGCGCCAGGGUCCGGCUGGGCAAGCAGUUCAGUACCGCCAAGGACGUUUUGGAGAAACUGAAGGCCCUGCACCCGCUGCCCGGCCUCAUCCUCGAGUGGAAGCGAAUCACCAACGCGCUGACCAAAGUGGUGUUUCCGCUGCAGAGGGAGAAGCUUCUGAACCCCAAUCUGGGGAUGGAGCGAAUCUACCCCAUAUCUCAGACUCACACAGCCACAGGCCGGGUAAGCUUCACGGAGCCCAAUAUUCAGAACGUACCAAAAGAUUUUGAGAUAGAGAUGCCCCGAUUGGUUGGCGAGAGCCCCCCCUCCCAGGCACCGGGUCCGUCUGCUUAUCCCUAUAGGAACAGGGGGAAGAAGCCUCAAGUCAACACUCCGGGCCCCAAGGUGCCGGUGGAACAAAUCCCGGCAGAGAGGGGCGUGUCCUUCUUUGUCAGUAUGAGGCACGCGUUUGUGCCAUUUCCAGGGGGGCUAAUAUUGGCAGCGGAUUACUCCCAGUUGGAGCUGCGGAUUCUGGCCCACUUGUCCCGGGACCGGCGGCUGAUCCAGGUUCUGAACAGCGGGUCGGACGUGUUUAAGAGCAUCGCUGCCGAGUGGAAAAUGAUCGACCCAGAAGCCGUUACUGACACAGUCCGACAACAAGCCAAGCAGAUCUGCUACGGAAUUAUCUAUGGGAUGGGGGCCAAGUCCCUGGGGGAACAGAUGGGCAUCGAGGAGAGCGACGCUGCCUGUUAUAUCGACACGUUCAAGUCCAGAUACACGGGCAUCCAGAAGUUCCUGAAGGAGACUGUGAGGAGUUGCACCCGGGACGGCUUUGUGCAGACCAUUCUGGGCCGACGCCGGUACCUUCCUGCCAUCAAGGACUCCAACCCAUACGCAAAAUCACACGCUGAGCGCCAGGCAGUAAACACCACGGUACAGGGAUCGGCCGCCGAUAUAGUGAAAACUGCCACCGUGAACAUCCAGAAGCGCCUGGAGGAGACUUUCCCUUCUGUUCCAAAAUCCCAUGAGCACCCAGUCCAGGCCGGCGGCACAGGGAGGGCAGAGAGACUGCGCCAUCGCCCCCCUCCCACCCGAGGAGCCUUCUUUAUCCUGCAGCUCCACGAUGAGCUCCUGUACGAGGCUGCCCAGGAAGAUGCCAUCCAGGUGGCGCAGAUCAUAAAGAAGGAGAUGGAAAAUGCAAUGAAAUUAUCGGUGAAGCUGAGAGUGAAAGUGAAGAUGGGGCCCAGCUGGGGGGAUCUGCAGGAUUUUGACUUGUAGCAGUUUUAUUGGGCCCCCUGGAUCCUGCGCACUCACAGAUUUGGGCUCAUUUGGUUCUGGUGCUGCUACAGUGGGAAGCCGCAUCUUUUAUUCUGUUCUAUUUAUAUAUUGUCUGUCGUGUGUGUCUGUGUAUUUAUAUAUAUUAGUGUGUAUAAACGAGUCCCCCCCCCCCGCAGCCGUGGGGAUAUGGAAUAGGCCACAGUGUUGAUGCUGCUACAGACAGAUGCAUGAUGGGUAAGCCCCCUGCCUACUGCUGAUGGACCAUAAGGGGGCGCUGCUGGUCAGGCUGCCGGGCUGGGACGAAGCGGUUUUAUUUAUAGAAUAAAUAAUUUAUGAAAUAGUGAAACAAAUAAGAAUAUAUUGUAUUAAAUAAAACACUGACAUGA